AUGGCCGGCCAUUCCAAGCGUGAGCUGCUCAACAAGCUGGCAGCGGACAGUGGCAUCCAGAUAUACUCCAUGACCGAGGUGGAAGCACUGGGCCUCAAGUCUGGGCGGCAGAUGCGACCUCCCCAAAAGGACGACAUCUUCACCAUCAACUACACGUCUGGCACGACGGGUAACCCCAAGGGAGUCGUCCUUGAUCAUGGGAAUGCAGUUGCUGGUAUCUCAUGCGCUCGUUCCACCGGUACUGUGAAGGAAGGCGACAUCCACUUCUCCUACCUGCCGUUGGCACACAUCUUUGGACGUAUGGCUGAUCAGGCUGCCUUCCUCACCGGUGCUCCUGUUGGGUACUUUCACGGUGACAUCCCAACCCUGGUAGAGGAUCUGAAGAUCCUAAGGCCGACAGGCUUCAUGUCCGUGCCCCGUCUCUACAACCGCUUCCAAGCCGCCAUCACCCAGGCCACCGUCGAGGCUGAUGGAGUCAAGGGUGCGCUCUCCCGACACGUGAUCAACACCAAGAAGGCCAACAUGAAACUGCCUCUGGGCAAGGCUACCAACAAGCACUUCCUCUAUGACAGGAUCUGGACCCCAAAGGUGCUGGCAGCUGUUGGUCUAGACCGUGCGCAUUCAAUGGUCAGCGGCAGUGCCCAGCUGGAUCCCGACGUCCAGACGUUCCUCCGUGCCGCCUUUGGCAACAACUUCGCCCAGGGCUUUGGCAUGACGGAGACGUACGCUGUGGGCAUGGUCCAAUACAGCAAUGACUACAGCACCGGCAACCUUGGUGCUGUCAUGCCUUUCAUAGAGGCCUGCCUCGAGUCCGCCCCUGACCUAGAGUACACGGUCCAUGACAAGCCCAACCCGCGCGGCGAGCUGCUCCUCCGGGGCCCUUCGCUCGACCCUGAUGGUUGGUUCCACACAGGCGAUAUUUGCGAGAUAGACAAUCUCGGCCGCUUCAAGAUCAUCGACCGCAAGAAGAACGUGCUCAAGCUUGCCCAGGGCGAGUACAUCUCGCCCGAGCGCAUCGAGAAUGUCUAUCUCGGCAGCAGCUCCAUCAUCCAGAUGGCCUAUGUGCAUGGCGAGCCCAGCAAGGACUGCCUGGUUGCUAUAUUCGGCAUUGACCCGGAAACUUUUGCUCCGUAUGCUAGCAAGAUUCUCAAGAAGAGUGUCCCAGCAGCCGACCAUGCCGCACUCAAGGCCGCCGCCAACGAUCCUCAGGUCAGGAAGGCAUUCCUGAAGCAACUUGAUGACAUUGGCAGGAAGCACAAGUUCAACAGUUACGAGAGGGUGAGAAACUGUUACAUGGACAUUGAGCCAUUCUCUAUCGACAAUGAGCUCUUCACACCCACUCUCAAGAUCAAGCGCCCGCAGACCGCCAAGGCUUUUAAGAAGCAAAUCGACGAUAUGUAUGAUGAGAUUGCGAGACAAAGCGAGCAGCCCAAGGCCAAGCUGUAAAAAUGGGGGCGGCUGUUUCGAUCAGUCCUCUGUACUCAUUUUCCUGCUUUUGUAUUACAUUCUUGGGUACAUUCCGGUGGAGAUAGGAGGUUUACAGGACUUUGGAGGCUUAGAAUGGUUAUCUUAGAGCUGGUAAUAGGAGCAAUAUAAAAUGUCAUCUAG